AUGUCAUCAGACCAAGUACUUGCAUAUCAAAAUGAGAUUUCACAACUAAAAUUAGAUAUUGAAAUAUUGAAUCAAGAUCGUAGAUUACUAUAUACUGAAAAUGCACAAUUAAAAGAAGAGAAUACUAGAAUACAAGCUACUGUCACGAGAUUGGAAUUAGCAAUUGAUAAAUAUAGAUCAUUGGUACAGAAAUCAAAUGAUGCAAUGCAACAAAAAUCAAAUGAUCAAAUGGCCGCUGUUCAAAAUAUAAGAUCAAUGACAUCAGGUGAUGAAGAUAAAGCAUUUUGUGAAAAGUUUGGUCUUCCAAAAGGAGAGUUUUCUAUUAUUUCAUAUAGUUGUACCAAUGAUGUAUUCCAAGCUGGAUCAUUACAUAUUACACCAUAUUAUUUAUGUUUUGAAUUACAUCUUGGUCUAUUGAAAACAGUCGAAAAUACAAUUACAAUGCCAAUCAAGGAUAUAGUUGCAUUGAACAAGGUCAAGAUGUUUAAAUUCUUGCCAGGCAAGGGUGCAUGUGCAGAGGUAAAGAUGAAGGACAAUAGUAUUAAAUUAUUCAAAGGUUUCCUCAGACGUAAGGAAUGUCUACGUAAUAUUUAUAAUCAAGCUCUUACUAUUGGACAUACCAUCAAUAUGUUGAGAGAAGGUAAUCCUGAUCAUGAACAUCUUAGUCCUGACAAUUAA